UAUUUUUGGACAAUUUUCGGUGUUUUACACCACUUUCUUUAUUAUUAUCUGUUAAUUUAAACCAGUAUACAACUCCGUGGCUAGGCGUCAGGAACCCUAUCCACGGUUUUAAACCUAUCAUCAAAAAGACGUAGAAUGGCGUAUGGACUAGCUUUGUAGGUCCACUGAGCCAAAAGAGCACCAAAACCAAAACCUGCUGGAACUUCGAACGCUCGCUUUUUUACAUUGAAUAAAAUGCAAAAUGCCUUUGCCAGCUGCGUUAGCUGCACGUCUUGCAAAAAGAGGUUUAAUUUUAGGAUCUGAAAAAAAUGAAUCUGGAAAGAAAGAUACAAAGAAGAAAGUACACGAAGAAGUUAUAGCUGAGGAUUAUGAUAAUACAAAAGAUGAAAUUAAUCAAAUUGAUAUCUCUCAGAAGUUUAUGGGUUAUAGCGGAUGUCCAAAUAAAUAUAACAUUUAUCACGAAUGUACAAAAAAAUGUAAAGAGUUGUGGGGAUUGGGACAUGUGCAACCUUCUGAUAGAUAUUUGAAGAAACAAAUGAUAUUAAUUCAAAAAUAUCCUUUACCAGAAACGUGGAAAGCCGUUUACGACGCUGGAUCUGGACAACACUAUUACUGGGAUUGGUCGUCUGACUUAGUAUCUUGGUUACCACCAGGUCAUCCUAAGUGUCAAAUAUCCCAGCCUGCGUCCCAAUUGCGUGAAGAACUACAUUUGAAAGCUGGCGACCAAGAUGAUAACAUGUCAAGUGAUGAAAGUGCUAGUGAUCAAGAACCGAUGGAGGUCGAUGAAGCUGAUAUAAAAAAAGACAGAAAAGUUGAAAAUCGCGCGAGGUACAAGGGAUCAGACAACAAACGAGUUCAGAGAUCUGACAAAGACAAAAAGGAUCAUACAUUGGAUCCCAUGGAUCCAGCGGCUUACAGUGAUAUUCCCAGGGGAAAAUGGUCUGAUGGAUUAGCGAGGCACAAUGAAGCUAAGACUGGCGCCGAUACAACCGCUUCUGGACCGCUCUAUCAAAUGAGACCGUAUCCCAGUCCGGGCGCGGUGCUUCGUUCGAAUAGAGCUAAUAAAACAGAAUUGGAAUUACCGAACAAGUCAAAAGGAAUUUUUCCAGAAAAACCGGAAUAAAUAUAUCUUGAUUGUAACAUUUAUAUAUAAUUAUAAAUAUGCAAAAUUACAUAUAUUUAAAAUAACACCGAGUAUUCUUCACGCUAUAUUAUGACCAAUGGAAUCUCGCGACUCUUUUGUAAAGUAAAUAGACUCUUUAUGUAAGUUUUAAUCUUUUUAUGAAAAAUUUUAACUAAAUUUAUAGAAGUAA